AUGAAGCGGGACUGUCAAGAACGGACAAUAGAUGGCGAUGAAGAUGCGGUAUUUGCUGUAAGCACAGAACGUGUAAACGGAUGGGUGAUCGACAGCGGAGCGACCGCACACAUGACCCCGCACCGUUCUGAUCUGUUCGCGUAUGAGAACGUGAAUAGUGGCAUCGAAGUAACAAUCGCUGACGGAAUGAAGCUGCAGGUCACUGGCCGUGGUACGGUACGCUUGAUUGGACUGGACGGUAAACGGAUUAUGAUGGUUAAAGUCCUUCACAUCCCGGGCUUUGAUCGGCGUCUAUUGUCAGUGGGAAAGCUCGCUGAUCGUGGCCUGAACGUGGAGUUCCAGCGAUCCGCAUGGGUUAUAUGGGGCACGGCUAGCGCAAUUGCAAAGGGUAAGAAGGUGGGCAAGGCGUACAUAUUGGACUGUGAACACGAAGAAGCUCAAUUCGUUCAGUACGUCGAGGCUGGCAGCAAGUGA